GGCGUGGCUUGUGCCGGAAGUACCUGCGCUGAGCUUGGCGGCGGAGGGAGGGAGGGAGGGAGCAGCCGCCGCCUUUGAGGCGCUCGCUUGGAGUCUGCUGCUUCUUUCUCCGCGCCCGGCCCUCGCCAUGUCGGACUUCGAUAGCAACCCCUUCGCGGACCCGGACCUCAACAACCCCUUCAAGGAUCCUUCAGUUACACAAGUGACAAGAAAUGUACCUCCAGGAUUAGAUGAGUACAAUCCAUUCUCAGAUUCUAGAACACCACAACAAGGAAGUGUAAAAGUUCCCAAUGUGCCCAGUACACAGCCAGCUAUAAUGAAACCCACAGAAGAACCACCUGCUUAUACUCAAAUCGCAAAGGAACAUGCUUUGGCCCAGGCUGAACUACUUAAGCGCCAGGAAGAAUUAGAAAGGAAAGCAGCCGAACUAGAUCGUAGGGAAAGAGAGAUGCAGAGUCUCAACCAGCAGGGAGGAAGAAAGAACAAUUGGCCUCCACUACCUGGCAAUUUCCCAGUGGGUCCCUGUUUUUACCAGGAUUUCUCUGUAGACAUACCUGUAGAAUUUCAGAAGACUGUGAAGAUUAUGUAUUAUUUGUGGAUGUUCCAUGCAGUCACACUAUUUCUUAACAUCUUUGGAUGCCUGGCCUGGUUUUGCCUUGAUCCUAAGCGAGGAGUUGAUUUUGGAUUGAGUAUUCUCUGGUUCUUACUUUUCACACCCUGUUCCUUUGUCUGCUGGUACAGACCACUUUACGGAGCCUUCAGAAGUGACAGCUCCUUUAGAUUCUUUGUUUUCUUCUUUGUAUACAUUUGUCAAUUUGCUGUACAUGUACUUCAGGCGGCAGGAUUCCAAGGAUGGGGCAAUUGUGGAUGGAUUUCAUCUCUCACUGGGCUUAACCUUAGUAUCCCAGUAGGCAUCAUGAUGAUAAUCAUAGCCGCACUUUUCACAGCGUCUGCCGUAAUCUCACUAGUUAUGUUUAAAAAGGUGCAUGGCCUAUAUCGCACAACUGGAGCAAGUUUUGAGAAAGCCCAACAAGAAUUUGCAACAGGGGUGAUGUCCAACAAAACUGUACAAACUGCAGCAGCCAAUGCAGCAUCAACAGCAGCUACUAGUGCAGCUCAAAAUGCUUUUAAGGGUAACCAAAUAUAGAGAAAAAGAGAUGAAACUCACUACAACUCUCUGGCUGUAUUUUAUUUUCCAGUCACUUAUAUUCCCUGAAGACUUGUGUUAAAAAUGCACACAGCAUGUAUGUCUCUUGAAGCUGUGCAUGAGCUAAACAGGAUAAGGUCAUUGUUCCAUUCCUUGACAAAAUAUUUAUUCGGACAUAUUUCCUGGCUACUACUAUUGACAUAAAAUGGUUCUAUUUUUCUCCAUAUUUUUGAAGGCACCCUAUAUUUGGUGACAAUUUCAACUGUAGAUCUGAAAAAGAUUGGCAGCUCCUGAGGUCAAUUUUAAUGAGAUUUUUGGCUUUUUUUCUGGUUGAAAUUUUUUCUCCAGAACCAUUCACUUUGACUUGAGACAAGCACUUUGGAUUAAAUACUGUUGUUUCUAAUAACUUGCUUCCCUACUUUCUUAAGUAAGAAACAGGGCAGCUGAUAGUUUUGAUCAAGAAAUUUUGGCCGCUGCUGCUUUAUAGCUUCAGCAGCUGAUGAAGGACAGAUGUAAGCUUAAAAUAAGUAUGCUAGAUAAUGUAAAUUCUUUUUUAGGAUAAUAAAUCUUUUGAUAAACAUCUGAGUUUGCAUGAAACAGUUUUGACCAUGCUGAGCUGUUGUUUUAGUCCAGAUUUUGUCUCUAUCACUAUAGUGUUUGUUGGGAAUUUGUUUUUUCAUGGUGUAAGGUGUUCUAACUGAGAAAUAUUGGAGCACAGGUGUUCCACCAGAAGAAGAUGAAGAGGCGUUAAUUACGUUGAAUUGGAGCUGAGCAAUUAUAUUUUAAAUUCAGUAUUCAUGACUUUGGAAAACAUACUGUUAAGAUACUUUUAAAAUCAUGGAUGUAGUGUGGAAUUCAGGGUAUUCAUUAAAAAUAUGCUUUUAACCAGUAUCUGGAACACUUCUAUUAGUAGUCCUUCUUGACCUGUUAAAAUGCCGUGGAAUUUUUUGUUGUGUUUAAGAAUUCCAACUUUUUUUUAAAAAAAUGUGCACUUGUGUUUAACAAUGGUACUGAAUCUUAGCCUUGUCAGUCACAGUGUUUACUGCUUCUGUAAGCAUCUGGAUAUACAAUAUUUCAUUUAAAUUUUAAAUCGUAAUCACAAGUGAGACUCUACUGUACUUUGUUGUUACAUGCCAUCAAGUUGGCAUUACUUUUUAGUAACAGUCCUGCUAAGGUCUUGCAAAUUCAGAGCAAACUUAUCAGGCUUUUAAAAACUGACAUUCAAUUAUGUACAUGAAAUCUUUUAACAUACUUCAGCCUUCGUGUAUAAUUUAAUCUGAAUAAAUGCAUUGUAUUCAAUGCAAACUGAGGAAGAGUUUCCAGCAUUGAUCAGCUGACAAUGUGUUGUACAGAGGUUCUUGGUGGCUUUUAAUUCAUCAGCAUAACAUUCCGAGUCCUAAUUGACUCAGUUUUUGAUAAUUUCCCCCCACCUGGUAUUGUGAGGCAUCCAAACUUUUGGGUGGUAACUUGGAGCAUAUCUUGUGCUAACGCUUGAAAAAUACUCAUCUGUAAUUACAAAAUAAAACAAUGAGGAAACUAGAACUGUUUAGUUACACCUAUAAAUAGUAAAAUGUGAGGAUUAUUUGUAUAAAUAAUUUUUAGUUUUCAUAUGAAGUAAAGGGUAAGUAAAAUUAUGGAUGUAGCUUAAAAAUCAGGGCACAUAUUUCUUGAUCAAUAAGGUCAAUGUGUUUGCUUUCACAACCUUUAUGUACUUUUAUUUCAGUACAUAAGUAGUCCUGUUAUUAAUUCUUUAAACUAUAUUGAGAGGGAAAACUAUUAAUGGUUUGCAAAAAGAUGGUUCUUGAAUAUUUUUUCUCAGGGGAUAAAGCAGAUUGAAACUUGAAUUAUAUAAACGGAGAUCUAGUUUUCAAUAGUUUUGUCAGUUAUGCCAGCCCCAGAAAAUAUGUUUUAACGUCGGCUGACUGUUAGUAUUCUUACAAACCUCUGGAAAAAUAAUCCAACACAUUUGAUCAGAAGUGCUAGAGUAAAUUUCCAUUGUCCCCCAACUUCUGAUUUUUCAUGUUGGCAGAAGGCUGUUGUAUGUUAAAAAUGUUAAGAUAUUGAUGUUACUAAAGAACAUCAAUGAAGAGAUAUGUGCCCACUACAAGUCAUUUUGUAGUAUCCAGUUGUGGAAAGUUUAUUUCAGAUUGAUUUUCAACACUGGAUCAUCAGUAGUCUGAUUUAUAUAAUUUUGGCAUUGGGGUUAUUUAUCUGAGGGAUAUCUGUAUAUUUGUAAAUUACUAACAAUGCUUUGCCAUCAUGGUGAAUGUCAUGGUUCUGUAGAAAUGCACACAGAUCUUCUGAUGUUGCAUGUCUAGAUAGUUCAAAGGUUUUGCAUAUUUAUUGUAUUAACUCAGUGACAUAGAAUAAACAUGUUUCCUGAAUGUUUGCUCUGUAUAGUUUUAAAAACAAGCUAGGAGUGUUUUUUAAAGGUUAGAUGGAAUGAAAGAGGGUUAAAAUGUACAGAAAAAUCAUGUUAUUUACCCUGAUCCAGCUUUAGUCUUGUAUAGUUAGUUACAUAUAUAAGUUACAGAGUAUGGAUGCAGAUAUAGCAAAAAUUCAGAAGUGCAGGAAGACACCCAUAAUUGGAUGCUCAUCUAAAUGAAAGGUUCCCACUGCAAUGCUUUACUUUAUAUGGAUGUGCAACUGGAUAUGCACCCCGUCCAUGUUCUUGUUCUACAUGUAACUAUGCACUAUUAAAGCUGGGUCAGGGAGUUUUUUGUAUUCUGUAUAUAGAUUCUGUAACCUUCUGCAGUGGGAAACCCGUGUCAAUUACUGGAACAGUUUAUUAGUACAGUUAGAACUGGGAUUGUUCUUAAGGAAAUACCCAGUUAAUAGAUGCAGUGUUUUGGUUCUGUGAUGUAAAUUGGAAGCUUUUAAAAAAGAAAAUGGUUUGUCAGUACUGAUGAAAUCUACAAGUUUUAAAUUUGUCCAGGAAUUUGUUGGAAGUAAAAUUAAACCUCUGAAAAUGA